UUCCGGAACCGAGACAGCAAGCGCGAAACCGGCGAGCAAAGCCAAUCAAGCCGACUGGCUGAUAUCGAAUCUAAGCUCUCAGAUAUUAUCGGCUUACUUUCACGCUCAGACGCACCUUCUGACGAAGAUCGGAAUUCCACAAUCCCAAUUGAGCUCGCCGACAUUGACAUACAUAUCGGAACCGACCCAGUUGGUUGUAUUAACCAUGAAAAUGUCACGGAUAUUAGCAUGAUUGGGGCUCUUGGAGCUCAAGAGACCAAUUUCAUGCAACAUGCACCGGAAGGUACAUCUCGAUAUUCUACUAAUCAAGACGCCGCUUGGAGCGCCGACCAGGGCCUCAGCCCCGCCGUCCUCCAGCAUCUUGUUACUGUGUUCAGCGGCAUGUCAACAUACUUCCCAUUUGUGCGAGUUCCAAACGGCUUGGAGGUGGCAUUAUUGUCGGAGGAUCGACCGUUCCUAUACCUAGCCGCCGUGACGAUUGCCUCUUCACGAUUCCAGCAUCUGCAAGCAGCCUUGAGCGAGAGGUUUAAGGAAAUCCUUAGCCGAAGUCUGAUCGUCGCGGAAGAGAAAGAUUUGGAUCUUCUGCAGGGGCUAAUCUUGCAUCUUGCAUGGUAUGAUGUUUCCCUUUGUUCCUCCAUCGCUAUUGAAGCACGGCUAACGAACCGCAUGUUCCAUUUCCACUUCAACCCAAGAAGUCCGCAAACGUAUCGAUACCUGCAGAUAGCGAUUAGUAUGGUUGUUGAUCUUGGCAUUGAGGAAUUGAUCAUCGAUAUGACCGACGGAGACAAUGAACUGGGUGAUACCUAUAGUAGGGAAGCGUGCCGCGCGUAUCUCGGCUGCUAUUACAUCUCCAGCGUUAUAUCAACAUCCUCGGGCAAACCCAACAAUCUUCGAAUAUCCAGCAAUAUGCUUCGAGCGGCGUUGGUAUUGCAGCGUGAAAGAGAGUAUGACACGGACGAAUUGAUAUACCAUCUCCUUAAACAGCAGCAGUUCGUUGACGAGGUCUGCGAGACGUAUCGAUUUGAAAGGCAACAGUCUGAUCGCUCACGCUUAUGCACACAUGCUGAGCGAUUCGCGACGCGGCUAGAAGAUAGGUGGUCCUCUCUGUCGGUAGAGCUGCGUCGAAAUGGUAACAUGCCUCAGUUUUCAAACUAUACGGCCUCCUCAACUAACCGACUUCGAGCAUUGCUUCUCAACAGCUACCACGCUGCUAAGAUCAGGAUCUUUGAGAUGGGCUUAGUCUAUAACUACGGACAGCCUCGACGACAUCCAAAAAAUGCAGAGGACUCGACCAUACUAUCUGCGUCCCCAAUGCUGAUCAGUAACUUGAUUAGAUGUGUUGAAUCCACGAAAGCAUACCUUGACUUCUUCUUCACCAUUCCCGAGAUGGAGUACCACAAACUAUCCUUCUCGAUAUGGUACCAGGUCGUGCUGGCGGUCUUUGUGCUAUACAGGCUUUCUGUGGGAGUAUCUGAAGUACCCGAAUGGGAUGUGAACCUCACAAAGGCAUCAUUGGACGUUGAAGAGUAUCUGGGCGUCCUAUCAUCUCACCUCCAGUCUAUUCGGCUAGAUACAGCGGUGCUACCUAAGAGUCUAUUUACGAUGAUGCCCGAGAUCAUAGCAAGUGUAGAAACGUCUUAUGCGACCGCCAUGGUGAAUUCUGCACUGAUCGUUGAUACUCGACACCCACAUCAACCCUUUUCGGAUCGUCCUGCUCUUUCUGUCCGAGGGCGGCAUCGCUGUCCUGGAAUGCGCAAUCUGAGACAGUCUGCCAACCAAAGCUCAACGGAACAAUCUACCCUUCAGACCGCUGUUAGUGCGGAGAUACAGAUUAUCGAGAACGAGAUAUUCUGGAGAGACCUCCUAGUGACAGGUACAUUCUCUGUUAACAGCUACUGUAUCACCAACUGA